ACAAAGCCUGCAGAUUGAGGUAUUAAAAUGUGGCAGUGGAGCUGAGUAAAGUCACUUAGCAGAAAACCAAGGACCAGAAGAGCUGAAGAGCUGCAAGAAGAUGCUUCUCCUUUUAAUCUUUGCGUUGACUUUUACACUUUCUGCCCAGCAGGAUGAUGAAGGUGGACUGGGUGGUGGAGGUGGAGAUGGACUGAACCGUUUUGGUGGACCUCUAUCAGGCUUGUUCGGUGGUGCAGGUGGACAGGGCCAUAAUUCUAAGAAAUCAAAUGGUGGAUGGAUGGGCAUGUCGGGCCUCAAUUUUAAGAAACCAAAUAGUGGACGGAUGGGCAUGUCGGACAUGUUCGGUGGUGCAGGUGGACAGGGCUUGUUCGGUGGUGCAGGUGGACAGGGCCAUAAUUCUAAGAAAUCAAAUGGUGGAUGGAUGGGCAUGUCGGACGGCCAAUCUAGUGGUGGAAUGUUGGGUUUAUUAGGGAACUUACCUGGAGUACUUAGUAGCCUAACAUCAGGUGGUGCAGGUGGACAGAGCAUGCUCAGUGGUGGAGGUGGAGAGGACGGCCAAUCUAGUGGUGGAAUGUUGGGUUUAUUAGGGAACUUACCUGGAGUACUUAGUAGCCUAACAUCAGGUGGUGCAGGUGGACAGAGCAUGCUCAGUGGUGGAGGUGGAGAGAACUUACCUGGAGUACUUAGUAGCCUAACAUCAGGUGGUGCAGGUGGACAGAGCAUGCUCAGUGGUGGAGGUGGAGAGAAUGGCCAAUCUGGUGGUGGAAUGUUGGAUUUAUUAGGGGUGAAUCAAUAUACAUUUAAUGCUUCUUAUUUUCAUGAUAUUUGCAAUGUUAUUCUUUGUGUACAUAACCACAGCCACCUCUUGAGAGCCAGUCCCAUGAAACAUCUGAUAUUGCAGGAAUUCUAGCAGGAAUUUGACUAUUGUAAGGAAUGUUGAAAGGAUAAAGUUUGUAGAGAGCUAUGGAUAUGAGCAUGGGGAAGCUAGGCAGAGAUGGCUGUUGGAAAAACACAUUUUAAUCUCAGGAAACUGGAAGCAUGAGAAAAAAGCUGAGAGUUAUUCUUGCCCAAUUCAUUAGAGGAUCAUAGGGAGGGAGUGAAACUUCCAAACUUCUUGGGGUAACAAAUCCCUGCACCUCUUUUUUCACAUCUUGCCAUUUGCCCUCUGAAUAUCUCUUUUGGAUAUGCCGAUUCCUAAUUUCUUCUUUGUUUCCCAAGGGAACCCCACUAUUCCCCUAGCUUGCGGUCUAUAUGAAGACAUUCAUGAGGACUCAGGAUCGCCUGGUCCAUUUUGGGUCUUCUUCUGAGAUGAGAUUCUUCUCUGACAUUUCAAAGACCACUUUGCUUCUCAUAGCUGCACAAGAAAUCUCGAUGGAUAGUGAUGUUCAGAGGCAAUUGUUUGUUUAUACAGCAAUCACUCUGUAAUUUGCUAACUUACUUGGAGAGUAGAAGGAGAUGGAGGUGGAGGAAGAAUAGGAGAGAGGGACGAUGUAAGUGACUAUGUAAAAUUGCCAAAUAUGAACUGCCAAAACAGACAAAUGCAGGAAAAGAAACAGGAGAAGAAAUAGCAGAUCUAUGGUGAGAGCAGGAUUGGGACAGUGCAACCAUCCUUGUUCUCCUUAACCUCUCGUCAGCCUUUAAUAACAGUUGCCGUCACCAAGCAGUUUUUUUUUUUCAACAAGCAAGUGAGCUGUGAAGAAGUGGGGGAGGAAGGCGAUGCCAUGGGGGAAGCAGUGGGGGGAGGAAAAGCCCUUUCUUAGAUGCCCAAAGGGGUCGCGACCCACAGGUAGAGAACCGCUGGUCUAUAUAAAGCUGCUGGGGGAGGUCAUUUGCAAUCUUGGGUUGAGUUUUGAUGGGUCAUCAGUAUGGUGAUUAUAUUCAACUUUAUAUCUCCACCCCUGGGGAUCCAAGUGAUGCUUGCGCUGCCCUCUCACUGUGCCUGGAGGCUGUGGGGGUCCUGGAGGGGGGAACAACUGGUUUUGGCUGAACCUUGGCAUGACCAAAUGGCUUUGGGUGCAUGGAGCUUCAAUAUGUGGGACUUCACUGGCUUCUGGUUUGCUUCCUGUUGCAAUGCUAGGAGUUGGUUGUUACCUUUAAAACCCUGCAUGGCAUGGGCCCAGGUUACGACAAUGCUGAAUAAGGAGUCCUAUGACCUAUCCUCAAAGUUAUGAUAGUUGAACUGUGACUAGGAUUUAGGUGCUUGACAUCUGGCUCACAUUUAUCAUGGCUGCAGUGUCCCGCGGUUGUGUGAUCCUUACUUGCAAUGUGCCCAGCCAGCAUACAACAAGCAAAGUCAAUGGGGGAAGCUUUGCGUCAUGAUUGCGAUAAAAAAGUGAGUCAUGAAACAUAUUGUGGUUGUGAGAAUAUGGAACGAUAUUGAAAAGGGAAA